AUGUCCGCUUUUUCGACUGCCAUCAUCGCGCGUAGUUGCUAUCUGUUAUUGGAUUCAGGCCCAAAACCCUGCGCACCAGCCACUGACCUCCCUACUGAGAUUCUGUUGAGAAUCUUCCACCUGGUAUACACGGAGAACAGAUCCCUACAGCUGGAAUCAUUCCACUCCGAACACGUGUGCGAAGACUGGACACACGAGGAGCCCCUCUCCCCUGCAUUGUUUCCUUUUGCUAUCGCUGCAGUUUGUUCUCGUUGGUGUGAUGUUGCGGCGACUGUUCCCGAGUUUUGGACUCGGAUGACAGUUAUGGUGGACAAAAAUCCUACCGAUAUCUCUGCCAUCCGAGCAUGCCUGCGGUGGUCACGUUCGCUUCCGCUUGAUAUCACAGUCACGCGCAGCAUCAUUGAUCACAACACUCCUGAUGAGGUCGAGUGUCAGCACGCCCAGAAUGUCAGGGCGUUGCUACGGCCUCACUUGGAUCACAUCCGUCGUCUACACAUCUCAGUGUUGCACAGCACCACACUUCCUUUCUUGUUCACCGACCUGGAUGGACCUGCGAAAUUGUUGCAGAGACUUAAGCUGGCGAGCGCUAUCGACGAUGGAGGUUCCACACAAAUACACCCUUCCCGUGGACCCCUCGUUACACCAGUCUUAGAUACACUUGACAUCAGCGGUCGCUGCCUCCAGGAUGGCUCACUGAAAAGACCAGCCCAAACCGCUCUCAUGUCAAAAAUCACAUCUGUUAACAUUUCACGUUACCAUCCUUCCAGUGCAAACCUUCCCAUACUCGAUGAUCUCACUCUCUGUGAUGUUCACUUUGAUACAAACCAAAAAAAAUUAGCAGGGUCUACAUUUUCACUCAGCCGUUUACAAACUCUCGCGUUCGAGAAACUGGAUAACAGCCAUGUUCUCAAGGUUGUUUUUGCAGUCCUCAUCGGAGUUCGUCUCUCGUCCACGAUAAUCACAGACUGUAAAGUCAACACUCUUGGUCGCAUCGGCUUUACCGACUACCUCACGUUCGAGAACAUGGACAUACCCAAAAAUUUCAUCAACAUGCUCCACCAUUGGAAUGGGAGCAGUCUCACCCUUGACAACUGUGAUGGUGUUGAUGAUAGGUUUUUUGACGUCAUGAGUAGGCCUUUCAAGAGCACCUCUGAGGAAGAAUGUUAUAUCGUGCCCAGGAUGAUGAAGUUGCGAUUGCUGAAUUGUGAUCGCUUCACUGCUCCAGCGUUGAAGAGAUUCAUCCAAGCACGGAUACGUGCUGCGAGUGCUCUGCAAUGGGGUUUCCUGAAUCCGCUGGCAACCGAGUCUGAUGAAGAAGAUAUGCUCAUGAUGAACACGAAGGCAAUAGGCUGGCUGGAUGUCAGAGGUCGUGGGCCUGUAAUCACGAAGGCAGAUGCAGUGUGGUUAUCGGAACACGUCGGCAUGUUUAGCUGGGACGCUUUGCAGCCAGAUGGGAAGAGGUAUGUGGUGGAGUAUGAUUUGAAAAAGGUGGUGGUCAAGUAG